CUGCUCACUGGGCGGGCGCAGCGUAAGAGUAUUGCUUGACCAGAACAGACUUCUUCUAAAACCGCGCAUACUGUAUUGAAUUGUAGUGAUCACUUCCUUUCUCUUCUCCUCACGCACGUUUUGGUAUCUCAUCUCCACCCUCCAAAACAAAUCACAAUCAUGAGCAAGAGCCCAGCUAUUCUCAACGCCACAGAGGACGAUAUGUCCCUCUUGUUGGCCGCUUCUUCCCACAUCGGUACAAAGAACUGCGAAAAAGCAAUGGAACCUUACGUUUUCAAACGUCGCCCUGACGGUAUUCACCUUUUGAACUUGCAAAAGACUUGGGAAAAGCUCGUCUUUGCUGCACGUAUCUUGGCCGCCAUCGAAAACCCAGCAGAUGUUUGUGUUAUCUCUGGUCGUUUGUACGGUCAACGUGCCGUUUUGAAAUACGGUGCUAACACUGGUGCAACAGCCAUUGCCGGUCGUUUCACUCCAGGUUCAUUCACCAACUAUAUCACCCGCUCUUACAAGGAACCCCGUGUGAUCGUCGUUACCGACCCUCGCGUUGAUCACCAAGCCAUCCGCGAAGCCAGCUACGUCAACAUUCCAGUCAUCGCCUUCUGCGACACUGAUGCUCCUUUGCGUCACGUUGAUGUUGCUAUCCCAUGCAACAACAAGACCAAGCACUCUAUCGGUUUGAUGUGGUGGCUCUUGUGCCGUGAAGUUUUGCGCUUGCGCGGAACUGUCCCACGUACACCUGACGGAUGGGGUGUUAUGGUUGAUAUGUUCUUCUACCGUGACCCUGAAGAGGUUGAACGUGAAGCAGCUGACGCAUUGGCACAAAAGCAAGCUCAAGCCAACGCUGUCGCUAACCAAGAAGGUGGUGCCACAGCUGAUGCACAAAACAACAUUGACUUCGCCGUUCAAGGUACCGGAGCUGCUGGAUCCAUCAACCCAGGAUUGGCUGCUAACAUCCCAACUGGUGAAAAUGUUGACUGGAGCGCUGACGGCCAAGCUGUUCAAGACUGGGCUGCUGACGGUGGACCAAACUGGGAAGCUGGUGCACCAGCUGAAGGUGUUGCUGGAUCCGCACAACAACCCAGCUCUUCAUGGGAUUAAAGGGAUGGGCCUUUUGUAAUGGAAGAAGCCUGAUGAUUUUGUAUGAGGAGAACAUACAAACAUUUGUACACUUUAUACACAUCAUUUGUACGAGUAGCCAACCGUCGUCUGGCCUCUAUCGUUCGGCUCUCUUGUAGAGAAUGUUUGUUUUGGUUAUCCCCAAGGGAUGAUUAUUAAACAUGCGCUAGAGUCCCAUAACCCGAAAGCCCCACUACCAUCAUCUUUCAAAAUAUAAUGCGAUUGCAUCUCAUUCUGUG